AUGUUUCUGUUGUUGUUAGUUUUACCAGGAUUACUGGCUGAUGAAAACUUGUUUACAAAUCCAGGAUUCGAAAAUACAGAUGCUUGGAUUUGUAAUUCUUGCAAGGGGUCGCUUGUUAGCGAUAGUCAUGGUGGCUCACACAGUUAUAAGGUAGAACAAAGAAAAUACAAUUGGGGUGGCAUUUCACAGGAAGUGUUUAUUCAACCAGGUCAUAAUUAUUAUUUUAAAGCUUAUGUUAAACUGUUAAACACAGCGGACGGUAAACAAUAUCAUGAUAUUGAGGGGAUGUUGGAUAUUAUAGAUACAGAUGUUCAACAAACUCGAAGCGACUUUGGAUGGGGUUCUGCCGUAAACGUUGACUACAUCCAUGACUCUAAGCACAGAAACUAUCAGAACUUCUUUUACGAUAUAUUUGAAUGGGGUGUGUUGGAGAAUGCUCUGAAAUGGCCAAACUUAGAGCAAACGAAGGGUAUAUUUAAACCUGGUAAUGCGCUAGCAGCUAUAGAUGCUAUGAGGGACCAACUAAAGGAUCCGAAGAUAACCCAAUGGUUAUUUGAACACGCACAUCGUUAUGACAACAACACUGAAUUAUAUCUAAAUGAUUAUAAUAUUGUUAACGGUCAAUACUCCACGGUGGCAUAUCAGGAUCAAGCCAUGAAAUUUCUAGCAGCCAAUAUACAUGUUGAUGGUAUUGGGGUACAGAGUCAUCUUGGUGAUGCUAUUGAUAUCUCGGUUAUCAAGAGAAGGUUAGAUGAAAUAGCCAAAGUAGGACUUCCAAUAUGGAUUACCGAGCUGGAUAUCAACGAAUCAAACGAUCUGAGGAAAGCUGAGAAGUAUGAAGAAGUGAUGAGGCUAUAUUUUAGUCAUCCUGCUGUAAAAGGGGUCAUGUUCUGGGGAUUCUGGGAUGGACGACACUGGCGACCUGCUGCUGCUCUGGCUAAUGGUCACGAUGUGACGCCGAAUGCAGCUGGGAAGAAGGUAAGAGAAUUACUGAAGCAAACUUGGAGAACCGAUGUGCAUCACAGUCUUGCCCAUGGCCAUACCAUAAAUAUGCGAGGAUUCUUAGGUUCUUAUGAACUGAAGAUUCGACAUGAUGGCAAAACUAUUCAUACGGAAACAUUUGAUCUAGGGAAGAAUGGAAAUCACUUAAGAAUAAGUCUAGCAGGAUCUGGAAAUAGUACAAAGGUUGGCCAUAUCAUAAUCGGAUAAUUCUGCGGCAAAUUUAUUGUUUUAAGAAUUUAGUUUUUAGAAAUUCUAAUAUAAUAAUGCAUUAAUAAACA